AUGAUAAUGCCUGCGUACCCCCGUCCCGACUUCCACCGUCCCAACCUCAACUGGCUCUCGCUCGACGGCCCGUGGAACUUUCUCUUCGAUGACGCGGAUCGAGGGUUGACGGACCGGUGGCACCACGAGGGCCUCCCCACCCAGGCAGCCUCCCACGCACGACGCCAGAUUCAAGUCCCGUACGCCUUCCAGACCCCCGCAUCCGGCAUUGGCCUCCAUGAGGUGCAUGAGGUGCUGUGGUAUGAGCGGACGCUGCCGGAUAUUCGCUUCUCGGAUGAACACGCACAAGGAAAUCGGCUGGUACUUCGCUUCGGCGCCGUGGACCACGAAUGCACCGUCUGGGUCGAUGGCCAGCUGGUCGGAGGACAUCGGGGUGGCCACGUUCCUUUCGACAUUGACGUUUCGGAUGCGUUUCGGGCCCAGGGCAACAAUGACCCCCACCGGCUGACAGUCCGCGUGACGGACUCGGCCUCGGAUCUGGGACAGCUGCGAGGAAAGCAAUACUGGGGUCCGGUGCCGCAGGAGAUCUUCUAUACGCCGACCAGUGGCAUCUGGCUGUCUGUAUGGCUCGAGAGUGUUCCUCCAGCACGGCUUGGAAGCAGUAGUGAGGGGACGGUGCUACGGUCGGAUGAUAUCCACGGUGGACAUCUGCAUGCACGAGUAGCCGUUCUGGGUCGUUCGGUCGCAGGCGAAUGCGUGGUCGAGAUUGAAGCCAGCCUGGCCGGCACGCUGGUCAGCAGCAGCAAACAGUCACUACCGCGGGACAAAGACUGGGUGAACCUGGAGGUGGACAUGCGCGUGCCUGAACCGAGCUCACUCAUGGGGACUGCUCCAUUCAACCGGGAUGAUUGCUGGCAAGGUAGGGUCGCUCUUUGGGGCCCUGAUCACCCCAUUCUGUAUAGCCUGACACUGCGUCUCUAUGAUGCCUCGCGUAGUCUUGUGGACGUCGUGGCGACCACUACAGGUAUGCGAAGCAUCUCCUGGGCUAAUGGUGAUGGAACCUUCCGGCUGAAUGGCAGGCCCUGCUUCCAAACCUUGGUGUUGGAUCAGGGCUAUUGGCCCGACACUGGAUUGACACCGCCGUCACAAGAAGCCCUCCGGGCGGACAUUGAGAUGGCCAAGAAGAUGGGCAUUAACGGCUGCCGCAAGCACCAGAAAGUCGAAGACCCCGUGUUCCACUGGUGGGCCGAUCAGCUGGGAUUUCUAGUAUGGGGCGAAAUCGCCAACGCAUACGAGUUCAGUGACGAAUAUGUCGAUCGCUUCAACCGCGAGUGGGUGGAGGCCGUGCGUCGAGACAUCAAUCAUCCGUGCAUCGUCGCGUGGACCCCAUUCAACGAAAGCUGGGGCUAUCCCUCUCUCAAGGACAACAUCGACCAGCGAAAUCAUAUCCGCUCCGUCUAUUAUCUGACCAAAACGUUGGAUCCCAGCCGACCCAUCAAUGACAACUGUGGAUGGGAGCAUGUUGUAACCAACCUGACCACCUACCACGACUACUCGGAUUCUCCCGCACUGGCCGCAUCCUGUGCCGACUUCGAGGGCGGAAUUCUCAGCAAGAAGUCGAACCGGGAUAUGUUUGUGGGUCCCAUUACGAGCAAGCCAUCCGGUCUCCUCGACCCCGGCGCACGCCAUACCCCCGGGGCUCCCGUCAUCUGCUCCGAAUUUGGAGGCGUGAAUAUCAUUCCUGCCAAAGGCACAGAGGCCGGAGAGCGCGACUGGGGAUAUACCACUGCCGCGGAUCCAGAGGACCUCCUCAGUCGUCUGGAGCGAUUGGUCAUGGCGGUGGUCAAAGGGGGUCAUUCAUGUGGUUUGGUUUAUACUCAACUUUGUGAUAUUGAGCAAGAGGUCAACGGCCUCUAUUCUUACGACCGCAAGGAAAAGGUGCCAGCAGCUCGGGUCAAGGCCAUCAUGGAUGCUGCUCACCAGUACUAUCACGAGCAUGUGGCUCCGAAGUCAACGCAUCAAUAG